AAACUUAGCAACUUCCGUUGCUCUUUAACCAAUCACAGUUCGCAUUUUUCCGGCAUUUCCCGUGUCAGUUGGCAGCGAAGCUCAGUUGAAGUGAAAUUGUUGUGGUUACUUGAAACGACUCAGGCUGAAACAUGAAGAAGCAGAAUAGUGAGGGCCAGGAGCAGGAGUGCGGUGGAGAGGCACAGCCCAGUUCAGAGGAGGUGACUGGAGGAAGCACUGUGGCUCCGGAGAGCCCAGGCAGUCCAGAGGGAACAGAUGAACAGCAGUCUGUCACCCCGCCAGUGGAAGAGCAGGCAAAGAACGGCGAGGUGGAGGCGGUGGUGCCGCCGUCCUCCUGCGACAUGGCCGAGGAGCUGAGCAGGCAGCUGGAGGACAUCCUCAGCACGUACUGCCUGGAGGACAGCGGCGAGGACGGGGCCCUGCCUGAGGUCCCCGAGGGCUGCAACGGCCAGCCCGACGGCCUCGAGGUCAACGGCGUGGCCGACAAAGAGGGCGGCAAGCCAGAGGAGCCCAAACUGAACGGAAGCAUCGUGGAAAAGGACCAGAAGAAAAUGCAGGAGAAGAAGAAAGUCAAGGGAUUAGGAAAGGAGAUCACCCUCUUGAUGCAGACCCUCAAUACUCUGAGCACACCGGAAGAGAAACUGGCAGGCCUCUGCAAGAAGUAUGCUGAACUGCUGGAGGAGCACCGUAACUCUCAGAAGCAGAUGCGGGCCCUGCAGAAGAAGCAGACGCAGCUCAUCCAGGAGAAGGACCACCUGAGGAACGAGCACAGCAAGGCCAUCCUGGCUCGCAGCAAGCUGGAGAGCCUGUGCAGGGAGCUGCAGAGACACAACCGCACGCUCAAGGAGGACGGGAUGCAGCGUGCCCGGGUGGAGGAGGAGAAGAGGAAGGAGGUGACCUCGCACUUCCAGGUGACGCUCAACGACAUUCAGGCGCAGAUGGAGCAGCACAACGAGCGCAACGCCAGCCUGCGGCAGGAGAACAUGGAGCUGGCCGACAAGCUCAAGAAGCUCAUUGAGCAGUACGAGCUGCGGGAGGAGCAUAUAGAUAAAGUGUUCAAACACAAGGACCUGCAGCAGCAGCUGGUGGAUGCCAAGCUGCACCAAGCCCAGGAGCUGCUAAAGGAGUCUGAAGACCGCCACCAGAGGGAGAAAGACUUUCUCCUGAAGGAGGCCGUAGAGUCCCAGCGGAUGUGUGAGCUCAUGAAGCAGCAGGAAGUCCACCUCAAGCAGCAGUUGUCAUUGUAUACAGAGAAGUUUGAAGAGUUCCAGAACACACUUUCCAAAAGCAACGAGGUGUUCACAACAUUCAAGCAGGAAAUGGAGAAGAUGACCAAGAAGAUUAAGAAGCUGGAGAAAGAGACCACAAUGUACCGGUCAAGAUGGGAGAGCAGCAACAAGGCUCUUCUGGAGAUGGCAGAGGAGAAGACGCUGCGGGACGGGGAGCUGGAGAGCCUGCAGGGGAAGGUGCAGCGGCUGGAGAAGCUGUGCCGGGCCCUGCAGACCGAACGCAACGAGCUCAGCAAGAAAGUGCAGUGCGUGGGAAGCCAGGGCCCGCAGGCCACGGACUCUGACGAGGGCAGCCCCAGAGUCCUCAGCAGCCCCGACCCAGAGACUCUGCCCGCCCACGCCACCUGCCCCCCGCCGUGCCACUGCGGCCCGGAGGCCCCGGGCGAGGCCUGCGCCCUGCCGGCCCAGGAAUGAGCCGCCGGUCUCCCGCUCGCCCACCUCCCUGUCCCCCUUUCCCAGUCUUCUGCUGCAGCAACAUUUUACCAUCUUUGUUUUUGGAGGGACCACAUCUUGACAGGAAGCUAACUUUCCCUCAGGAUCGUGCCUCCAUUGUUAUUUUUGCCUCCCUCCCCCCACCCCUAAUUUCUUUUCUGUAAAGCACACAUUCACAAACAUUCCCUGCUUUUACAUGCCGAGCAAUGCAAGGAGGCAAGUGGCUGUUUGCCCAACGCGAUCACAAAGCGCUUUGAGUGUGUUGGUGUGUGCGUCCGCGCUGUACUUGUGUGGAUAUGUCUUGGCUGACCACCCCUUGAACUGAGCUGCUGCUGUUGCACUGGAUGGCCAGUGAUGCAGGGUGAGCACUGCGCGUUACAGCAGCGAGAGCAUGGCUAGUACCUCCGUCAGGCCCUUUUUCAUUUGCUGCCUUAACUUGUGUUUGGAAAGCUGCUGUGUGACGGUCUGGCUUCGCAAUUUGUGGGGUGAGCUGUCCGUGUAGAGUAAAGAAACGUCUGCUUCAUAGCCGGCUUUGAAUAACGUCCAAAGCCUCAGAACUCAAAAUUGGCUUGAGCUAGGAUUUGGGGGACAAAGUAAUUGAGCAAAGACUCUGAUUCACAUAACUAUUAAAAACCUGUAAUCCUGGGGCUUCAAGAGCAACACAAUUAUGAAGUUCUCUUGAAGCUCCAAACUUUUCAUUUACAAUGUUUUUGUUAAUCUUUCUUUGCACCUUUUUAUAUGUUGCAGAGUUCACCUACAGUUGUAGUUUAUAUUUAUCUUUUCUAUCACACAGUGAGUUAUAAGUCUGUUUCUGCAACAAGAACACAACUAUUUUCCUAUUUAUACGAUUUUCUUAAUCAUAUAAAAUGUUGAUUAUUACGUUUUUAAGCUAAUAGCAUAAUUUUUGGACCAAUGUUUCAGUUAUGUUCACUCUCAUUCCUAUAACUGCAAAAAGUCAUAAAAAUCCCAAUACAAACAGGAAUAAAUGAAGGUAUUUUCUACAAAUGCAUUAUUUUGCUGUUCAUGCUCAAGAAAAUAAACAUACAAAGGUUAAAAGUUUAUACAGAGAAGCCGCAGUUUUUGCCCUUGCAUUAGAAUUUCCUAGAUCAAACAAUUUGAAUAUUAUUAUUUUUAUUUAUUUUUGUAAGAUCUGAGGAAAUGAAGCGUAGAUAUGCAAGGGAUCCUUUUUUUAUUUAUUAAAGUACCCUGUAGUAUAGUGGUGGUCAGUCUCCUAGAUUUUCAGUGCAGGACAGCAAAUGAAAGUCAGUGAAACCAGGUCUCUCUUUCUAUGCAAUUCCAGCCUCUCAACUGUGUGUGAAUUGUUUUGUUUUUUUAUUUAAAAGUACUUUACAAAGGUACUGGUUUCCAUCAGUCACCAGAAAAAAAGAAUGUAUCUUUCACUUAAUAUGACACACUGUUCAUUUGCACCUCGUUGCCCAGUUUGCUGUCAAUGACCUCAUUUUUCGGAAUAAAUCUUCAGUUUGUGUUUAUCUUGGUCAGUAACAGUAAAUGCCCAGGAGGAUAAUUACUCCCCUGUUGGGACUACAAUGAUGUGCUGUAGUUGUGAAAUGCAUUUCAAGCCACUGUCUUCUCAGUGAAGCCCAGAUUGUAAACUCUCCUUUUUCUAACACUCCUGAUGUGUGUCCUGUGGGGAAAAUGGAGAUAAUGACACUUGAAAGAAAAAGUGUUUUAAUUUUAUGUGUUUGACAGCGUAAUACCGUGUCAUUUCUGGGCAGUUCGCCAGAAUGAUUUAUGUGAUGCAUUUAUACAUAUCGGAUGCCAGAUGCAUCUGUUUGUUUAACACUAAUGUCCCCUAAGUCAGAUUAAGGCCAUUGACCUGAGUCUUCCAGAAUUUGGCUUAUGAUGUUUUUUUUUUUUUUGCAUAGCCUUUUAGUGUAGGCUUCACUUAAACAGUAACAAUUUUGAAGCAACUCCAGGUGAUUUUAUUCAGAUUCUGCAUUAUCAAUAAAACACACGCUUUAUCCAG